GCUGUACCUAUAUGUUUAUAUGUAUCUGCACACAUACAUAGCUCUGGGUGUGUGUACAUUGAUCUGUUUCAUACAGGUGUGUCUAUGAAAUACAAAGCUGGAGAUAGAGGGGUAGGGAUAAAGAGCUGGGCAUUUACACACAUACACAUACAACCACUGCCAGCUGCCUCCUGUAGUCUCCAUAUGGAGACAUAUACACGCACACACAUACAUGUAUGUGUAUACACAGAGACAGCCUCCAUGUGUGUCCAGCUGUCCGUGCAUCCCAGCGCUCUGCGGGUGGGGUCGGAGCUGCCCCAGGGUGGGGCAGCGGUGGCGGUGCCUUUAAAAGCAGAGCUGAGCCCUGGGUUGAGGCACCGCUGAGCCCGGAGCCAGCAGCCCUUCUGCUCCCCUUCUCCGCUCAGUCUCUCCACAGCCAUGAAGGUGAAGGUUUGCAUCGGCCUCAUCCUCACCAUCACAGCCACUGCCUGCCUGUGCCGGCCUGCAGCAGAGGCCCCAGGUGCUGGGGGGGAUCCCCCCCGGCCCCCAGGCAGCCUGGUCCGGCGGGACUGGCCGGAGGCGCUGUCCCAGGAGCAGAAGCACCUCAUCUCCAGGUUCCUGCCCCACAUCUUCACAGAGCUGCGUGACCACAAGGGCUACGAGGGGAUGGAGGAUCUGCACGACCUCUACUACCCCGACUGGAUGGACUUUGGCCGCCGCAGUGCUGAGGACUCGACUGAUGCCGUGUAGCGGCCGCGCCGUGCAGAGCACCGGCACGCUCGGUGCACGUCCCUUCCUGCAAUAAAGCCUUGGCACUACGGGUGCUGCUGGUCACGUCUUUGCUGGGAGGAGCUGGCGGCGGGGGGGAGAUGGACGGUGGGAUUCAGCCCCAGCCCCAGCAGGACGCACAGGGCAGAUCCAGCACAGCAGCAGACACAGCACACAGGAGCUGCUUCAUGACUUCACGUUUAUUUGACAGGGACAGGACUUAGGGUGAGGGAUGCAGCUGCGGGAGCAGCAGCUACACCCCAAGAAACACCGACUGCAGGUGACCCCCGAGCCAGGGGUGCUGCUGAUGCUACUCAGUGCACAGGAAAGAGUCUAAACCCAGCAUCCCUUUGCGAUGUCAGCCCAGCUGCUGGCCAGGGCCAGCCACGGGUGGGAGAUCUCACCCUGGCCCCCAGGACCACCCCAUCAUCCCCUUCGCUGCAGCAGCCCCCAAGGGCCGAGCUGCUCCGGGGACAGGCUCAGCAGAAGCAGGAACAGUUUUUAUUGCUAGAAACCGACUCCUGUGAAGGGUCUGUACCCCCAACAGCAGGGAACAGGGGCAGCGGAACCUCCCCGGAGCCCCACCACCACG